AUGCAAAGGAGUUUGGAUUCACAAACUAAAAAACAACUAGAAGAGGAAGAAAAGAAGAUAAUUAGUGAAGAACACUGGUAUCUUGAUUUACCAGAUCUAAAGGAGAAAGAGAGCUUUAUCAUAGAAGAGAGGAGCUUUAUGCCAUGUGAGGAUCUACUUUAUGGCAGAAUGUCCUUCAAAGGAUUCAAUCCAGAAAUUGAGAAGUUAAUGAUCCAAAUGAACUCUAGGUGCAAGGAAGAAAAAGUUGAAGUGGAUGAUAAAAUGGAGGCUGAUGUGUCAGAUGAAGAAAUGGCCAGAAGAUAUGAAACAUUAGUGGGAACAAUAGGGAAGAGAUUCUUGAGAAAAAGAGACCAGUGUGUACUCCAGGAUGAAGAUGAAGAUGGGAAUAGUAACACAAUACCUAGCAAAAAGGCUAAGAAAAAGUUCUUAAAACCUCAGGAUUAAUGUCAACUGCAGCACUGGAGCUGUUAGAAAUGUUAUCUACCAAAUACAGUACCACAAACUGGAGACUGUUGAGUUUUGGUAUUUAAUGUAAAGGAUAGAUUUGUGAAUCUAAAUCCGUUCUUGUUGAAAUUUCUACCAUCCACAUGAUGAACAUUUUCUGAAGUGGAUAUGUGUAUAACGGAUGUCAUACAUCCUUUCCUCUCAGCAGCUUUUAAUGUGUGGGACACUAAUCCCAU